GUACUGACGCGCCAACCGACGGUGGCUAUUCCGCGCCAGUCACGCCCCUGGGCGGCCUAGGCUCGCCUGUCGAUCCAGGCGACGCCGAUGGCGGUGGCUCGGCAGCCGAUCUGGGCGACUCCGCCGGCGGCGCAGCCGUCGACCACCUAGACAUUUUGCCAGAUGAUGAGGGCGACGACGCCGAUGCUGGGGCCGUCAAGGUCUCGCGACUCGUGGCCGACGCCCCCCGGCCAUCGUCGCAGCCCUUGGGGAGUUGCUUGGAUGCGGCGUUUGCGCAGGUGCGGAAGAUGCAGUGGGGCGUGAACAAGAAAAAUAUCACGAAGCAGUUGAAGCGGGCCAUGGCGGCGAAGGCGAAGAGAGAUAUUAGAGAUGGGCAGGGACGCUCAGCCAUCAAUGCCAUGUGGAAGAGGUCUAGCUUGGGCCGCGGCGAGCGGCUCGCAGAGGGGCCAGCCAUCAAGCGUCGCCGCAAGGGAAAUGUCUGGCAGCAUUCAAAAGCAUGGACGUUGUUUGGCACGUUGCACGUUGCUUUCUCUAGCAUCGGCGCUUUGGCCCCGAACGCCCAGGGGAAGCGCAAGACGCGGCGUGAACUGGAUGCGAUCGCAGCCGCAGCGGUUGCGCACAACCGUUUCGUUCAUGCUCAGGGCGCCUGCACUAACUUGCACGUCGCGUCUGGUUCCUUGAAAAUGGAAUGGUACAUGGUUGAGAGGGCCUUGGACGCCACGCCGAUUAAGGUCAUCUUCGGCAAGCUGCACCCGCUUCUGGCCCCCGUGGUGAUCGAUUACGAUGAGUGGAAGCGCCGUGGCAAGGGGUCAGAGCCGAAGAUGGGCACAGUCGAGCUCUUAGGACAGUCUUGCAGGUGCUCUUGGGUCACGCUUGCGGGUGACACGGAAGUCUUGUCAGUCGAGAGGCCCGCGAUCGGGCCAGUCUUCUUGCCCCGGUCAACGGCGUCGAACUUGCUCUCGGCUUUGGAGGCCUCUUGCCCGUAUGUCAACAUAGGAUCGCUCAUGGCUCUGACAGAACGCGUCCACCAUGUGUUUCUUGCUGUCACGGGAGACCUUUGUUCUGCGAACACCAGGAUGAAGCAGGCCAUUGCGUGCAUGCUGGCCGAGCACAAUGCAGCAUCAUUGAUGCGCGGCGGUGGCGUGAUUUUGCUGCUCGACGUCGGGUGCGCAGCGCACGUGUUGCACGGCAUCGUGAGUGCUGCGUUCAAGACUCAUGAGUUCGUCCCCCGCAUGCAUGCGAUUUCUUUCACAUGUUCUGUCCAGAGACACUACGCCAUCAUCGCCCGAGCUCUGCGGAACAUCGUGCGGGCCGACUUGGCGGAGGGUGGUUUCUACCGAGAGACGCAUCCGCCGCCGGGGCAGUCUGAUUUGAACAAGGUACUCAUCGACUUGACACUACUGCGGUUCAAGACCACUCGUGGCCGCGUUGAUAGCAUCCGCACGCCGGCCCACGAGCGCAAGAUGGACGACUUAGCAGAAGAACUCGGACAUAUGUUGAACGGUUGCUGGUGGCCCCCCCGCAUCCAGCAUUUCUGCUGGAGACCAGGCUGCUGCUCUGGCCGCAACUUCGAGGUCUGCGUGGAGCGGACAGCGGCUUGCCUCGAGCAAGCGUGGCUCGAGCCGCUGGCAGCCAACAUUCCGUCAGUGACGCGAUGGCACACAUUUGGCGUUCACUUGCCAGUCCAGGCUGGCGGCAUCUUGUGUCACGGCAUCUUGCCUCGUGUACUGGAUCAGUUGUCAUCGCGUGGCGUUGUACUUGGACAUGGAGACGCCGCUCAUAACGAUGCUGUGCUUCCUGGCGCCGACGAGGCUGACAGUUGGCAGGUGCAUUGCGCCGAGAAAUUGAACAGGGCCUUGGAAUCUUUGGCUGAUCUGCCAGCAGCUCGACAACCAUGGGGCGCUGGCCUGUUCAGCACUGAAGCGCUUGACAAUUUGAGCGCGCGCCUCCAGCACCUUGACAGCGUCGGCGGUGGCGUGAGGGAGCUCGUCUCGGAUGUUGGCGUGCUGCGCGAUUUCCAUGAUCACACGUGGCAGCUGAUGAACCCGUGGGCUUCCCAUGCCAACCACUGCCAGAAAUUGUUCGGCGUCCUCAACCACCUGGCGAAGUCCGACAAGGGCCUCGACCGGCAAGCUGCGUUCGACGAGUUGCGGGCGAGGACGCUCCGCAUUUCCAGCGCUGCAUGGGCGAGGUUGGACAUCAAAUGCAG